AUGGCUGAAAUACUAUCAAAGUUACCUUCUAAAUGCUUGGCACGGGUGCGAUUUGUUUCAAAAGAGUGGAUGAGCAUGGUGUCUGAUCGCACAUUCGUCAAACAACAACUGAAGCCCGGAGAGAAACUCUCAGGUUUUUUCUUUCAAGAAUAUGGCUGUGAUUCCAGAGAACUUUGGGGUGAUUUUAAUGCUCUGAUUAACUACAUAAAUAUUGAUUUUGACUUCACUGAAGUGACUGAUGUUAAGAAAGGAGUUUUGAAUUUUCUCCCAAAGGACGUGAUCAUAACGUCCUCCAGCCAUGGACUUGUAUGUUGUCGGAGUUCCUCAAUGUGUUCAAAACAAAUCCUAUAUGUGUGCAAUCCCUUGACUAGGGAGGUUAUAACUGUGCCUAGUACCAGCAAUAUCAGCAGGCCACAACAGUUAGAGAGCGACACUGUUCUUGUGUUUGACCCAUUCGAAAGCCAUACAGACGUUUCCACCAAUUUUCAGCUUGUCACAAUUUGUGAAACCCAGAUAUAUAGACGAUUUCCAGAUAGAGAAGUAGUGUUUUCUUUUCACAUCUAUUCAUCUCAAACAAAAGAUUGGAAAACAUCCACUGCGAUUUGCAGAUAUAGUCAUUUUUUGCUGAACAUGGGAUUUGUGAUCAUUUUGGGUGUAAUUUUUUGGCCUACUAAGGGCCAAGGUAUACUGAGAUUCAAUCCCAAGAAUGAGGAGUGUUUCAUUAUUGAGAAACCUUUCUUGCAACCUUUUUUCUUCGGUUCGGAUGGAACAUGCAUGGGAGAAUCAGAGGGGAAGCUGCAGUUCUUGAGAAUAACCAAGGAAAAACUUCAAGUGUGGGAGCUCAUUGACUUGUUCUCAUCAGACUGGUCCCUGGAGUACUCCAUGUCUUUGGAGGACAUUGAGAAAGCAAAUCCGUGCUUAGGAACCAAACUGACAAGAAAGAGUUUUCCUUGGAUCAGCCCAUUGUCACUGAAGAAUAGGACACUGUUGCUGAAAGUAUGGGGUGAAAUGUUUUCAUUCCAUUUGGACAGCAGGAAAGCGAAGCGCCUCUGUCCUUAUUCAGCAUAUGGGCAGGAUAUCUUCGAGUACAAGGUGAUUCCCUACACGAUGUGUUUAGUUCCCCUUACCUAA